AUGGGCAAAUUUCGGCAUCGCAUAGGGCCGUCACGCGGCACGAAACUUCAGCGUGGACACAUUAACGACAGCAACCCGGUGAAAAGACGGCAUCGUGAUGCUGCGAACUCGGCUCGACGGGCGGAGCUUGUGCCCCUCGUCCCCGUCGACGAGCUCGAGGACUACGGCCAAGAAGGCGAUGAAAAGAUGCUCGACGGCUUGAACAUGGACAGCAUGUCGUUGGGAAACCCAUUUCCCUCGAGCGCGGCGUCGAUGAUCUCUGAGGGCGGCAUGUCGAAGAUGACGCGCUACACUGGCUUCACGAGCUGCACGAACCAAACUUUCGCGGCGGUGCACCGCGUCUGGAAGUCCGGCUCGACCCUGCAGAAGGAGGUCCUGGCCGUUCUUUCCGCGGUGGCCGAGGUUAUUAAAGAAAAACAGGGCAACGAAUCGGACGUAGAGUAUUUUGGCGCGCUGCUGACGACGCUCGAGUCGACGCCUGCCUCAGAAAUCGAUCGUUCCGCCGCGACAACUUAUCUGCUACAUUUGAUCGUGAAGAAGGUUUCCCGCGAAGUGCUCCAACGGAAUUUCAGCGAAACGGUGAAGAUCCUCGCCCAGGCGCUGAUGCAGAUGACCGGCGACGAGCAAGAUGGCGUCGCUUGCAAAUUUCUGAUAAUGACGCUCGGCGUGGUGCUCCGAGCCCAGCCGAGCACCGUCUGGCUGAUACAAGGAAAUCGCGACCUCGUGAUGCUCAUAGCAUCGUUCUGCACCCAUUCAAAGCCUCGUGUGCGAACCGUCGCUCGUCGGGUGGUCAGGGGUCUACUCACCGAUCCCGUUUCGGCCGUGGACAAUGGUUUGCACGCUGCGGCUGGCCAGGUCGGGGAAUAUGUUGACGAGCAAAUUCGGGCCUGCUUGGACAGCAAGCAAGACUCGGCCGACCUGAUCCGCUACUUCUGCCUUCUCGAGGGCAUCAUGCACAAGAUGCCGGCCCGGAUCUUCAAGCAGCUCGCCGAGGGAAUUUUGAAAAGUGUGGCACUGGCCAACUCGCAGGUGAAAUGCGCGGCACUGCAAUGCCUCUACCGAGCCCUGCUACAACAACCAUCCGAGGCGGCACUCUCCGUGGAAAUCAACGCACUUUUGAUAUCCUCCCUGCGCUCGCUGGCCACAUCGCCGUCUGAUGCGCCCGUCUGCGCUUUCUGGCUGCAGGCUCUCGUCGAGGCGCACGUAUGUCUGACGUGCAAGGACAAGCGCCGAUCGUGUGAAUUGCUGCCCGAGACGCUCGAGGAGAUUACCAAGGCCUUCCAGGUGACGAACAACGAGCUGUGCCAGGUCAUCGUCCAGGUGCUCAACCGCGUCAUCGAGCGCUGUAUCGAAGACGAGGCCGAGGCGGCGCGGAAGUUGCUCGCCCUGCUUGAAGCGUCACUAACCGGCUUCUCGGCAACGAUCUGGAAGUACAUCUUCAAGUCGAUGACGUACCUUUUCCAGAUUGCCGGCCCGGCACUGUGCGCUGACGAGUUGGUGAAGACCCUGCGCACCCUGGCCCGAUUGCGCGAAGAGGAUGGGUGCAGCUGCAAGCAGGAGAUCGAUUUUGCCAUCGGUGCCGCCGUGCGCUACAUUGGCGUGCAGCACGUCGUGCAAGUGUUGCCCCUGCAGAUCGACCCCGAUGCCCCGGUGCUGCCGCUCGACUUUAGAAGGUUUGAGCUUCAUAGCCAAUGCCCUAAUCGAAAUUAUUUUGGGUCGUGGCUGCUGCCGGUUUUCCGCGUCAACAUCCGCAACGCACCGCUGGAAAUCUUCAUAAAAUACUUCAUGCCGUUGGCGACCAAAUUGUACAGGAGGCUCGACUCGUUGGAGAAGGUGACGGCCAAGGCGUACCACAUCAUCCAAGCGCAGCUCUGGGACUUGCUGCCCGCAUUCACCGGGUCGGCGUCGGAUUUCGAGACUGGUUUCCCGCAUAUUGCACAGAUGCUUGGCGUUGCCCUGAACGAGCGCAAGGACCUGCGAAGCACGCUUCUGACCGGCAUUCGCUCGGCGCUUCGAUUCGCCUUGGCGCCGGAUGCCCCGGAAAGUCGACGCGAAGUGAUGUCAAGAUUCGCCAAGAACUACUUGCCCAUCCUCUUCAAUAUGUACGUGAACGACGGCGAGGUCGACGAUGGUCAUGAAGCGCAGGCCGUUCGGCUGUCCGCCCUCUCCGCCAUCCAGGCCUACGUCGAGGCGGCCCCCCAAGAGCUCUUGGCCCAAUACACGCGAAGUGCCAUCCAGCGAUUCGAGGCUUCGCGUGAAGUCUCGAUGGAUGCCUCUGACGCAGAGAAAAAGAAGGAGCAGCACAAGCAGAAGGACGUCCGGAAGCGCAUUGUCGACAUCAUGAUCGCCAUGGUCAAGACGGCGUCACCCGCGGAAAUCCAAGAGAUCUUUGCGCUCGUCACCCCGUUCUUCGACAAGCCAAAGGAUGGGCCCAUGCAAAAGAAAGCGUACCGUGUCCUGGUGGAAGUGCUGAAGCGAAGAUGUGAACCCGACGUCGCGCAACUUUUCGCCGAUGACCAGCAGAGGUUACUGGCGACUCUGUUGAAAUCAAGCGACGCAGUGGCCGGCCCCGCCCGCUCUUCUCACCAAGAGGCUGUCGAUGCCGUCCUCUCGUCCACCGAUUCCUACGAAGAGUUGCAGCAGUUUGUUCAAGCCGCCCUGCCGCUGACGGUCCAAUGCCUCGAGAAAUCGAACUCGAUGCCGACUCGUGAGAGCGCCUCGAAAUGCUUCCAGCACAUGUGCUUGCGGCUGAUCGAGCGGGGAGCCGAGGAAGACAAGCGGCCCACCGAGGUGCUGUACACGGUGAUCAACGCCAUCUACGCGUUGCUGACCCCGAAGGCUGGCCAGCCUGCCAUCUCUCUGGAAACAACCCGUGCUUGCUUGGUGGCGCUCAACAUCAUCGCGCAGAAGCAUAUCAAGCUCUUGGACGGCUCGAAUUUGGCGCGUCUGGUGGCCCAGGGAUGCACAGCCAUUGCCGACAGCCGACCGACGGUCCGCGUCCUCGGCAUCCGCCUGGUGCGCAUUCUCGUCGUCAAGAUGCCGCCGGAAAUCGCGCUCCACCAACAUCGCGAACCAAUUCUUCAAGCCUUCUUCGCACAGGAUUGCGACACGGCAACCACCCAGAUCCGGAAAGCCAACAAAAUUCUGCUCGACGUCGUCCUCGACAAGUUUGGGCAAAUGGUCGUCGAGAAGUACGCCACAGACCGGAUCGACUGGCAGAAGCAGAUCAAGGCGCUGGCGAAGGCGAAGCGAAGGAAGGCGCGCAAGGCCGAGGGCGGAGAGGACGAAAAUGAUUCCGGGGACGACGAUGGACGAUCGGUGGCCGGCUCGCAAGUGUCGGCCAAGACCGCCGGCGCCGAUACGAUUUUGCAGCUGCUUGAAGACAGUGCUGAGGAAGAUGAGGUCGAUAAGGAGGAGAUGAUGGAACGACGCUCGCGCACCGGGAGCGUCUGGCUUCGCGAGGACGCUGACGAGGUCAACGACCUGCUGGACAGGAACAUGCUGCUCAACAAGGUGUCCACCGUCGACCCGUCACUGGUGGCCAAGCGGGAGGCCCGGAUGGCCGCGCGCAAGAAGGACAAGUGCGGAUUCGCCGUGACGAAGGAUGGCAAGCUGAUCAUCGAUGACGAGAGUGACGACGAGAAGCCCAAGAAGAAAAAGAAGACUGAAAACGUCAAUUCUGAUGACAUCGCCGACGUGAUCGGCUCGAAGAAGGGCGCGACGAAGUCAAGGAAAUCCGGCUCGGACGAUGAGAGCGACGACGACGAGGUGGAAGAUGACAAGAAGUCGAGGGUGUCGCGCGUCUCUCGGGUCUCCGGCGUCUCGCGCAAGAGCACCACUUCUGGAUACAAGCCCGGCGGCACCGGCAUUCACAGGGAUUUGACUCGGCCUAUUGCUAAGGCAGCCCGUCGACAGAACAAGGCCGGCGGUGACGUGAAGGCGAAGGGCAAGGCGCUCGAGCCGUACGCCUACGUGCCGUUGAAGAAGCUGGGCAAGAAGGGCGCCGCCGGUGCGGCUCAAGAGGAAAUCCGUCGGAUGACCGGUCGCAAGCGGAAGAUGCGGAAG